AUGACUACUGCCAUUUUGAUCUGGGUCUCUCUCCUAACGACCACCAAGCUCAUCGAGAUUACACUAAAUUUUCCUCUUCUACGCGCUCGGAUCAAGUUGGGAAGCUCUCACGUCUAUGGUACCAAGCAUGUCGACGAGCACCAGCAUCUUACUGACCAUGACGAUUUGGAGCUAUCCGAGAAUCGCUGUACGGACCCCACGGAGCGAUCAGAGAACCAGGCCAACUGGUAUCCCCCACGCCUGCUUGACGUUUCUAUAGAUCCUGUCCGCCUAGUUCCUCGCCUCAAGGUACGGAAGGACUCUGAAUUCGCUGCUCUGAGCCACUGCUGGGGCCAGGUUCCAUUCCUGGGGCUUUCACAAGAAGCCAUACCUACCUCCGAGCAGCAUGGAAUUGACGCCACGAUGCUGCCACAUAAUUUCCGCGAUGCGAUCGAGGCGGGACCUGGUAGUCGAGAAGAUUGGGAGCACCACGUCAACAUCAUGCGAAAAGUCUAUGCUACCUCAGAUUCUUGUUUCAGAGAUCGAGACAUCACCAGCAUUGCGCCGGUUCCUCUUCUAUUCGAUGGCGCAGACCACCUGUUGAUUGACAUGACGGAAGCGUUGCGUGGAUAUCAAAACUCAACUCUUUCAAUGCGCGCAUGGGCGCUACAAGAGCGUUUGUUGUCACGUCGGGUCCUCGUUAUCGGGACGCACCAGGUCUUCUGGGAAUGUGUCGAAACGGCGAACUUGAACGUGUCCGAACUCUUUCCGCAGGGUCUCAAGACAGCUCACUUUUCUCCCAAGUUCUUUUCGCUGCCGAGAGUCGCUCCUCAAUCAGCCGCCAACGCCAUUGACGCGCAGACCACGUGGCACAGGCUCAUCGAAAAUUAUAGCAAAUGCAAGCUGACGCGGACACACGAAGACAAGCUAGUCGCAUUCGCAGGCGUUGCACAGCAUAUGCAAGCUUUCCACGGUAACAGUCCCUACAUCGCUGGUCUAUUCCUCGCUGAAUUGCCAUCUUCACUCAUUUGGAGUCUAUCUCAUUUUUCAAGCCCGGGACGGCCUGUCCCGCCAUUGGGCUUCUACCGGGCGCCUACUCGGAGCUGGGCAGCACACGAUGCACCGGUGGAUCUGACGGGUGCCAAUUCACAGGUUGAGAAUCAGCACGUUCCCUUCACGACACUUCAAAAGCAUUACCUACAAUUAGCAAAUGAGGGUAGUCCUUUCGGCCAGUUUCUCUGUGCUGGAUUGGGCUUGUAUGGUCCACUUAUGCCGUUGAGAAAGAAUCCGGGGCAUGAGUCGGGUCUUACAGAAAUGUGGAUGAUCGACUACGACAGCUACAGUCUUGAUCACGACAGUGCGAUGCAUCAUUCCAUGACUUUCGACUACCUCAGUGACAUGGAUGGUCCACAAGAUGGUAUUUGCUUUAUGCCAAUAAGGACUGUAUCUCAUGGAAAAAGUUGUAUCCGGGGCAUCAUCGUACGUCCAACGACGAUAGUGGAGCAUGUGGAUAAGAUGUGUGAUCUGAAAGCCGCCAUCGAUGGAAUGGAUAUUGCUCGCCCGUGCUACAUGAGGAUAGGCUGGGGAGACAUUCGAGGAAAGAGUCGAAUAACAUAUGUGGAAAACCUACCGAAGCUGGGUAUCACUCUGUUGUGA